GAUGAGUUGUUGGAACGUAGUAAGUAACUCUUGCACUAGCUCUUGGUCUCAAAAAAUUAUUUAUGCGCCUGAAAUACCUCAAGCUGCACACAUGCUUGUGAAAUGAUUUAAACAGUGGGUACAUGUCGCCUGAGUAUGCGAUGGAGGGCAUCUUUUCUGUCAAGUCCGACACCUACAGCUUCGGUAUUUUGCUACUAGAGAUUGUAAGUGGAUUAAAGAUCAGCUCACCUCAUCAUCUUGUGUUGGACUUUUCAAACCUCGUAUCAUGUGCAUGGAACUUGUGGGCAGAUGGAAGAGCGAGGGAUUUCAUGGACACAGCCGUCACGGAGAGCUAUUCGCUUGACGAAGUGUCCAGGUGCAUCCAUGUUGGGCUCUUGUGUGUCCAGGACAGUUCCAGUGCUAGGCCACACAUGUCAUCGGUCGUUUCCAUGCUCGACAGUGAAGCCAUUCCUCGUGCACCGCCAGAGCAACCUGGGUAUUUUGCACGGACAAACUACGAAACCAGUGAAGUGAUGGAAGACACAGAGAACUCUGCCAAUGGCGUGAGCCUUACGGCGCUAGAAGGACGAUGACUCCCGUUCGCUGCUGCAUGUAUGUAACGAGAAGUAGGACAAUUGAGUUGUCUCAAUAAGGCACUGCUUGAUAGGCAAUGCUAUUUAAGGGACCGCCCACCAUAAGUAGAUUAUCCGGUCAGCACAAGGUGAUAUUUGCACAUAUGUGGAGGGCCGCCAUCCAUGUCACCGGGUACAACUAAUCUCCACCUUGUCGUCACUUUGCUCAUGUAAAACAUCAUAUUAAUUCUUCUUAGUUUA